AGCGUAUGUGAGUGUGUGUGUGUGAGAGAGAAGAAACGGCACACAGUGGAGUGCUCAGUGACUGGUGGCUGAGGUGAGGUGUAGAGCUGCAGGGGACUUCCUAAUAAUCAGGGGACCUGAAGACCCUGUCUUUUGUCAAAGAAGAAACUAAAAUAUCUGGGCUCUGUAGAGGCUGGACUAAAGGGCUGAAGGAAUAUGGAAGAAAAAAAGGAGAAACGGAAUAAAGGUAGAGGAAUGUUUUCAGUGUGACUGUUUUUCCCAAACCACCAUUUUCCGUCCAUCACAUCCGGCGAAACUCACCACCUUCCCAGCACAGAGGGCGGACCUGGCUGGAAGUGUGUGUGACAGUAAGAAAGGGAGGAAGAGUGUCUGUGACACCUGUCAUUGCUCAUUAUGCUGUUGAUCCAUCUCCAUAGCACUCACACACACAGGUGCAGUUCCUAGCGAGCGCAGCAGAGACACCUGAGGAUUUUCUGACACACACAUAACUCCUUUCUCAUCUUCUCCAUUUAAAUGACGACGUCAGGUUUAAACCGAGCGAUCGCCACCUUCUGACAGUGUGGAUACCUUCUGUCCAAACUGGCACACUGGAGUUGAGCACAUUCUUAUCAUUAUACUUUCCUGAUUUCAAAUGGAUUCAACCUCUUUGAUCAACAGUUAAUAAUGUGGACCUGAGAAAAGGCUUGAAUGUGAGAAAUCGUGCUUAGGGUAAUUGCCCUCCGGUUUGGAAUACUUGGAACAGAGCGAAAGUCAUAGGGCUCUCUAUUGUUCGGGGGAGUUUUGCCAUGUUAUUGUUGCUCUCCGUUUUCGUCCGUCAGUAGCUACAACUACUUCAAGAAUUAACAGAGGUGAAGUCUGUACCCAUGGACAGCCUCCUCUGACUUAAUCCCACAUGUAGUUUAACACUGACAGACAUUAUGAGGGUUGACUUUGAGCUCUGAGCAUGUGGAGACUCUUAAGGACCAGACCUAUCCCUCUCUGCUCCUCUCUCACCACGUAACAGACUUGUAAGAGUUAGUGUGUCAUUGUAAGGGACGUGCUGGAGGUGUAUGGCGACUGACAUAAUGAACCUGCAUGGGAACGUAUCGGAGCUGAUCUCUUCUGCUGUCAGAGCCAUAACGCUUCCGUCCUUUGACCCCGACCCUGACCCUUGGCCUAAUGGUCCAGAGGGACUUCUGGGAAAUGAAAACAGGAAUUUUUCAAGUGGGUGUAACGGGAAUGAUGGCGGCAAUGUGCAUGACUUUCCGCCAGGCAACUGGACGCAUAGCGGCAGGGUUUACAGUGAUGAAGCAAGGAUUCUGGCAUCAUCGCAGUGUGUGAAGGGGAUGACAGCAGUGGACAAGAAUUGGGCUGCUUUGCUGAUCCUGGCGGUCAUCGCCAUUACAGUGACGGGUAACAUCCUGGUCAUCAUCGCAGUGUCUCUGGAGAAGAAGCUCCAGAACGCCACCAACUACUUCCUGAUGUCGCUGGCUGUCGCCGACAUGCUGCUGGGCAUCCUGGUCAUGCCCAUCUCCAUGGUGACAAUUCUCUAUGACCACUGGUGGCCCCUGCCCUCAGACCUGUGCCCUAUCUGGAUCUACUUGGAUGUGCUGUUCUCCACAGCCUCCAUCAUGCACCUGUGUGCCAUCUCUCUGGACCGCUACAUCGCCAUCAGAAACCCCCUCCACCACAGCCGCUUCAACUCCCGAACCAAAGCCCGCCUCAAGAUCAUGGCUGUCUGGACCAUCUCUGUGGGUAUAUCCAUGCCCAUCCCUGUCCUAGGCCUGCGGGACCACACAAAGGUAUUUAAAGAUGGCAGCUGCCUGCUGACAGAUGACAGUUUCGUCCUGGUGGGCUCCUUUGUGGCCUUCUUCAUCCCCCUCACCAUCAUGGUGGUCACCUACUUCCUCACCAUCAGCGCCCUGCAGAAUGAGGCUACCCUCUGCCUGGACCAGCUGGUGCCCAGGCCCAAGUGGAGUGCCACCCUGACCCUGGGAUUCUUCCCACAGUCCUCGCUCUCCUCAGAGAAGCUCUUCUUCAGGCGUUCGCUCAGCCGCGACACGAGAGGGGUAGGAGGAGGGGUUGGUGGGGCUGGGGUGGACCCGCGGUACGGGCGUCGUACCAUGCAGUCAAUCAGCAAUGAGCAGAAGGCCACCAAGGUCCUGGGUGUGGUCUUCUUCUUGUUCGUGGUCAUGUGGUGUCCCUUCUUCAUCACCAAUGUGCUGGCAGUGGUGUGCAACCCCAUGAACUGUGACCCGUGGGUGAUGGGGGGGCUGCUGAACGUGUUCGUGUGGGUGGGAUACCUCUCCUCAGCCGUCAACCCUCUGGUAUACACUCUGUUCAACAAAACAUACCGUGCAGCCUUCUCCCGCUACGUACGCUGCCAGUACAGCCCGGAGAAGAAGCCUCUGCAGCUCAUGUUGGUUAACACCAUCCCUCCACUGGCCUACAACUCCACCCACCUGCCUUUGGAGGAAAUGGGGUCCCUCAGGAAUGGGGCCCACAGUGGUGGAGGACCAAAUCAAACUCAGACAACGACAAGGCACCCAGGGACCAAGAUGAGAGCAUCAGCUGUGUGUGAGGCUGUGAACCUGUGAGGACUGAAUCUCCCAUAAUCCUAGUGAGAUGUGCUGUGUUUUGAUCACGAUCUCGCCUUGUUUUCAGAAGGAAACCUUGGGAACGGAGGUUCCUGGAAUGUGUUCAGUAGCUCUGUGGUGAGACUCAUGCCAGAGAGGAAUAUGUGAAGCGAGAGGGUCCACUCCCAUCAAAAUCUGUCCACGCACGAAUACAGUGAUAAGCUGUAGGAAGCAGGAAGUACAGAGAGAGGAAAAGACACAACCUGCCUCACAAAUACUUAAACUAGUAACACCAGAAGAGAACAACAGAGCUAAAGCAAAAUUAUCAGCAAUAGCCAGGGGCCACGAGGGGAUACAUUUCCCCAAAAUGUUCAUACACAUAGCCUGGAUACCAGACUGUUUAGUUAACAUUCCACUCCUUGUGUGCCAAAGAUAUUUCACAAUGACACAUCAAGGAGUGGAUUGUUAACUAAACAGACUAGUACCUAAGCUACAGUGGCUUGCGAAAGUAUUCACCCCCUUGGCUUUUUUCCUAUUUUCUUACCUUACAACCUGGAAUUAAAAUAGAUUUUUGGGGGGUUUGUAUCAUUUGAUUUACACAACAUGCCUACCACUUUGAAGAUGCAAAAUAUUUUUUAUUGUGAAACAAACAAGAAAUAAGACAAAAAAACGGAAAACUUGAGCGUGCAUAACUAUUUACCCCACCAAAGUCAAUACUUUGUAGAGCCACCUUUUGCAGCAAUUACAGCUGCAAGUCUCUUGGGGUAUGUCUCUAUAAGCUUGGCACAUCUAGCCACUGGGAUUUUUGCCCAUUGUUCAAGACAAAAUUGCUCCAUCUCCUUCAAGUUGGAUGGGUUCCGCUGGUGUACAGCAAUCUUUAAGUCAUACCGCAGAUUCUCAAUUGGAAUGAGGUCUGGGCUUUGA